UUGCGAAUGAGCCGAUUGUACUUCUGUUGAAGCUUAGAUGUCGUCGACUGUAAGCUUGAUUCCGUUCUAUUAGAUUUCUACUCAUGAGUUCACCUGACGAGGUAAGAGCAGAAUGUUGCUACUCACGCGGAUUCAGAAUCGUAGAACAAGCGAAUUUAUGCCACGAACGGAACGUCUGUUGUGCACAGUCGCAAUUUUUUUACGCCUUCCAAAGAUUUUCUUCCUGUGUAGCAGCCGAUCCAACAAUUUAUAGUUACACUACAGCAUGAUAAACAAGUACGUCUUCUAAACACGAAAACGAAUUAGACACUGUGUGACGCCAACUGCAGUUUUGACAAAAUCAGCUGUUUAACACUUACGCUGCAAGUACAGCUGUUGGAAUAUUAAACGGAAUUAUAAUUCCAUGAUUACAGUGUUGCCAGUGAUUGAACUCAAAAUAAAAACGAAGCAUCCAGUUUAUUGAUCACCAGCUGCAUACUUAUAUAACUGUUAAAGACGACACAGGGUAUAGUGCCUUGUGAGUCCUGCAUACGCCAGCAGUCCAUACAUUGUCGUAGCUAUGGCAGGAGGAGUGAAACGGAAUGUUACAGUUCAUUGGUUUCGGUAUGGCUUGCGCUUACAUGACAACCCAGCUUUGCACGAAGCAUUGAAAGAAAGUGAAGAAUUUUAUGCAGUAUUCAUCUUCGAUGGAGAAAGCGCAGGCACAAAAAAUGUAGGUUUCAACAGAAUGAGGUUUCUGAUCGAAUCCCUCAAAGAUAUUGACAGGCAGCUUAGAGCUGUUGGUGGACGAUUGUAUGUCUUUCACAACAACCCAGUCUCUGUGUUUAAAGGCUUGCAUGAAGAGCUAGGUCUUUAUAAACUUUGUUUUGAACAGGACUGUGAACCAAUUUGGCAUCCCCGAGAUAACGCUGUUAAAAAGUUUUGUGAAGAGCAUGGAAUAAUUUGUGUUGAAAAAGUCUCUCACACACUUUGGGAUCCUAAUGUUGUUAUUAAAACAAAUGGAGGUACGCCCCCAUUAACAUACCAGAUGUUCUUGCAUACAGUUAGUGUUAUUGGCCCACCUCCACGACCCGUGGACGAUAUAGACUGGACAGGUGUUACAUUUGGAAAGCUCUCUGAUUACCUUUCUACAGAAUUGAAGGUUGUCGACAGUGUUCUAACACCUGAGAAAUUUGGUGUGUUUCCUGAAAUGGGCAGUGGGGAACAAAUGAUCCGUUGGAUUGGUGGAGAGACACGAGCUCUGGAACACUUGAAAGAACGCCUGUAUGUAGAGGAGGCAGCAUUCCGAGAUGGUUACUAUCUUCCGAAUCAGUCAAAACCUGACCUCCUGGGGCCACCAACCAGUCAAAGUGCAGCACUUAGCUUUGGAUGCCUCUCUGUUCGCAAGUUUUAUUGGAGCAUUCAUGACUUGUUCCACUCUGUUUACAAUGGCAAUCUUCCUUUGAACCAAAAGAUCACUGGCCAGUUAAUAUGGAGAGAGUAUUUUUACACAAUGUCAGUCAAUAAUGAGUUUUAUGGUGAAAUGGCAAACAAUCCAAUAUGCCUGAACAUUCCAUGGAAAGAUGGAUCUGAGAAGGGACAUCUAGAGAGAUGGCAAGAAGGGAAAACUGGAUAUCCUUUCAUUGAUGCUGCUAUGCGACAGCUAAAGCUGGAAGGUUGGAUUCACCAUGUGGCUCGUAAUGCUGUGGCCUGUUUUCUUACACGUGGAGAUCUGUGGAUCAGUUGGGAGGCAGGCUUGCAACACUUUUUGAAGUACUUGUUGGAUGCUGACUGGUCAGUGUGUGCAGGCAACUGGAUGUGGGUGUCCAGUUCUGCUUUUGAACAACUUCUUGAUUGUUCACAUUGUGUUUGCCCAGUUAACUAUGGCAGGCGGCUCGAUCCUUGGGGGGAGUAUAUAAAGCGUUACGUACCUGAACUACAAAACUAUCCGGUAGAAUAUUUAUAUGAGCCGUGGAAAGCACCACUUGAGGUGCAAGAACGAGCUGGCUGUGUUAUUGGAAAGGACUACCCAGAGAGGAUUGUGGAUCAUCAAGAUGUUUCCAGAAGGAAUAAACAAUACAUGCAGCAAGUUCGAGACAUGCUGAUGAAAGCUCCUCCACAUUGUCGCCCAUCUAAUGAGGAGGAGACCAGGCAGUUCAUGUGGUUGCCAGAAAGCUGCAUGGAACAUGUACUGCAUGCUUAGUAAACUUUUACUGUAAGGAAAAGUUAAUUAAAAAUCUCCUUAGCAUCUUAAAGUACCAUUGUUCCUCGACAGAAUUUCCUUUGUAUGUGUAUGUAGAAAUAGCUUUAGAACCAAGUGGUCAUUGCUGUAAGUUAAAUUAAGUAAAGAUGCACAUUGUCUGUUCUGUCCAGUAUGAACACAUCCUUUUGUCAUUGACAGUUGAAUGCAGAGUUGUUACUGUUUAUUCAAAGUUUUUUUGUAAUGAUUCCACAGUUUUGUCAAUAUAUAAUCAGUGGUAUUAAAUAAUUUAUAAGAUUCGCUAACACAAGAAGGCGUAAAAAAGUAGAAAUACUGGUCAGUGAGAGAUAACUGGGCUGAAUCAUACUGUGUACUUAUUUUCUUGUUUUGAGUUGAACUGUUACACCAAAGUUGCUUGAAAGCUAUGAUCUAGGGGAUGUCCUUGGAAAGUAGCUUUUUGUCUGGAGGAGGAUUUAAUAUAUUAUUACUAAAUGAUGUUUUUGGUCUGUAAGCCAGCUUCACAUUUAGUGGACAGCUUUAUAUAUCUUCAUUAUUAACUAACACUAAGGGUCAUUUAAUAAUUGAAGAAUAUUUCAUCAUAUAAAUGUAUUAACACUGCAAAAACAGGCUAAGCACAACUUUAUGUACUUUUAUGUGCCACUCCAUAUAAACACCCUGAACAUUCACACUUUUGCCAACACCAUCUAAGCAAUACCUUCAGGUAAUACGCACUUGCUUGGUCAUUCAAAGUACAAACAUUGGUAGACAUGGAUCUGUUCUUAGAAAUUCACACACAAAUCUGUACGUGCUGAACAAUGAUUAUGUGCAUUAUUCAUGAAGUCAUUUAUUCUUUUACUGCUGCAGUUCACCUUUUCCUUGUCAGUUCAAAAUGACAGUUGAUAAUACCAUUUCUGCUUAUCGUUGACAUGUGUUCACCCAUUUUUAAUCAUCAAGCACUAAUUUCUGACGUAAAACACUUUUGUAACACCGUCACCAUAGACAGUAACAAGUCUGCAGUAUUGUUAAAUACAAUAUCAAGUCUGCUAUACAUGCUAGUGCAUCUAUCAUUUUCCAGCUGCAUAAAAGGCAAUCACAAGUAACAUUUCACAGUGGAUGGCGCACUUAGCUUUACUGAGAUUUUUGCCAAGCUUGUCCCAUUUACUAUAGGAACAGACCCAUUGAAUGAAUAGCACUACACAUGGUUCUACACUUAACUUAGCAUGAAAAACAAAGGAAUGGUAAAAACUUAACUGGAGCUCAAGGUCUGUGAUGAAAUACUCCUUACUUUUUGUAUUACUUUCAUAUACUUACAAGAAAUACAAACAAUAUCUCUUGUUUCUCCUCAUACAGGAUUUUGUGUGUCUUACUGUUUCCUCUCUUACUUGUAUCAUUCUUGCACAUAUUUCUCUCUCAGUUGCCUUUUUUUGUAGUUCCUUUAAAAGAAAAUCAGAGCUAAAAACUCAAAAUUUGAUAUUUACCGCAGGAUUCAUGUAAUCUCUCAUGGUUUUUCCCUUGUGGAUGACAUUUGUUAAAUAUUAUCCCAUAUAUAUAUGUAAGGCAAGGUCGGACAGAAUGUAAAUAAUUUAGGAGUGAAGGUGACUAGUCUUGGGUUAGCUGAAGUAUAUUGAGUCAUUGAUGAAGAAGCGGAAAAGAGAACAAAAACUUUGCCAGUUAUUGGAGGAAACCCUUUGACGAGUUGGAGUUCAUGCACACACGUUAAUCCAAACACCCCCCCCCCCCCCCACACACACACCUGUAGGCAUGUGUGUGUGUGAUUUUGCACUCGAGCUCAUACUCCUAAAUUAUUUACAUUGUUAUCCCAUUUAUGUAAACAAUAAUGGGUCAUAAAGUAGUGCAGUACGUCAAAGCCUAUAAAUAUGUAUACUGAUAUUAAUCAUCAUGACAUUUAGAAUAUCAGUUCAUAAAAAAGGUAGAAGUCAUAAAUGCUAAAUAGUAAAUGUUACAUACAUAGUUACAUGGAUUUGUAGAAAAAUGUUUCAAUUACUAAUGUAGUACAUUAUUGGAUACCAUCUAUUAGAUAGGGGUAAAAACUCAAAUACUCUACAUGUCUAUCAGGUGUUUUUCCAUGUAUUUUGUUAAUAAUAGAAUCACUGCUCCUUGUAUGCUUAGAUAUCAUUAUGUUCUUAGUUGAUGUGCUGAACUUAGUCACAAUGAAAGUAGUAGUUAUAAAAAUGUCUAAGAAAGAGACAUAGAGCAAUUAAAACUAGAAACCAAAUAGUUCACUGGAUUUCCAUGGAGUACUGUCAAUUAAAAUAAACUGUUUUCAUGAUGUUAUGCUGCUUAAUUAUAUGGAAAUUGUUGGUAACAAAGAUUGAGUGUGUUAUGUGGUGGUUAAUAUGCUGCAUACACAUCACUGUUGUUAAAAGCUAAAGAAACAACUUAAUGCAGUUCUCCAUAUCUUCACAUAAUGUUCACAUGAGCUGAUGGUAUAAGUAGUCUUCAUGCAUAUAGCAAAGACUAAAAAUAUUUAACAGAUGAAAAAGAAGAGUGUUUGAAUUGAGAUUAUGUAAACACCAAAAUAUAUUGUAGGAUUCUCUACAGUUAGUUUGUCUUUUUCUGUGUAGAUUGUGAGGCAGAGAUCUCUUGAGGUCUUCUUUCACAGAAAAACACAGUAUGCUGUUUUUGUUAGUUCAUUUCAAGACAAAUUGCAAAAUCAGUGUUUGAUUUUUAAUUGCUGUAGAACAGUAGGUCAACAUCCAGUUUAAAAAUGAACUGUGAAUAAUGUGAAUGAAGCUGAAGUGCUCUGUUACAGACGAGAAGGGAAAAAAUGAUGAAUUUGCAAAAUAGAAAAAUGUGUAAAGUGUUCUUACUGUGCCAUUACCUCUUGUUCUGUUAAGAGUCCCUCUUUACUGGUCACAACUUCAGCUCCUUACUGACUAGUGACCUGUCUUUUUUUGUGCAUAAUUUCACAGUCUAAAGAAACACUCUUGGUAUAUCCUAAAAAAAGCCAUAACAUGAGACCAAAUCACUUCUGUAUGAAUAAAAAAUGUAUCUGAGAAUUUUUAGUGAAAUUACAUUGUUCAUUUUACAACUAUCUGUUAAAGGCUCUUGGCAUUUCCAGUGAUCUCAAAUGACAGAGAAGCAGACUGGACUGACAAUGCAACCACUAAGUUGUCCUUGAAAAUGAGGAUUUAGAGGGCACAUGUGAAAAUUGUGAUUGGAAACAAUGAUAACUUUUUUAAAAGUUAGAAAGGAGCUGUAACAAACAAAAAUUUGCAAAAAAUAUCACAUAAAUGAAUACAGUUUUCUGUUUGGUACUUUAUGACACAUUAUUAUUUGUAUCUUCCCUGUUCCCACAUAUACUUCCAGAGAAGUGGCUUAAAAUGCUGAGAUUAAUCAAGCACUUUCUGUUGUUGCUGUCAGCUGUGUUACAUUUGAUUACUUGUUAAUUUUGGCUGUUUUAUCUUUGUUUAGUGUGGGUCACAUUUUAUUUUAUUUAUGUGUAACUAUCAUAAAGUAUUAAUAAUAUCUCCCAACCAGUACUCUUUUUCUCCACAGUAAUGGCAGUUGAGUACUCCACCAUCAAUAAAAUAAUUCAGAAAUACAGCAGUGAAUUGUUUUUGUUCUGUUGACUCUUGCAUUGAUGAUGAAGUCAUUUUGCUUCUUUUCUUUCCAAAUGGUAUUGGAACGUCCUGGGCAGAAUACAAAUUAUGGAAGGAGUAAAGGCAACUAUUCACCAUAUAGCUGAGAUAUUCAGCAGUCUUCAGGCACAGUAAUGAAAACAUUACUGAGUUUUUGAGUAGUGUUCAUAUUCAGAGCUAACUUAUAUAAACAUGCACAUGCAUGGCUACAUUGUCCUGACAAUUGGAUAUCUGUUUAAUAGUAUUUAAUCAUCAAAUAAUUGUGUGUCAUCCCCUGAUCUAUCCACCUUUCUCCUGCUCAUUAUUUCCCUCAUCUUUCCAUGCACGACAGUCCUAAAUUGUACAUGAAAUAUUCUCAUUCUA